UCAACGAAUAUUAUUAUCAGGAGUUGCUGCUAAGUUUAACUUUUAGGUAUUUUCGUUUUGUUUUAAUGUUGUUGAGUGUUUUGUGGCAAAAGCUUCAAAUCGUUGUGUUUGAAAAUGGACCAACGGCUUAAAAGAUGAUGAAAAGAGUGAAUUUCGGGCACUUGAAAGCAGCUUUUACAAGACGAUCUAAGGCUAAGCAUCAACUUGGUGGCUCAGGAUGUCUCCAUGCAAAUGGCGACGCCCUCGGCAAGCUUAAUAAAGAGGCUGAAACUGAAAAAUCGAGCUUUGAAAGUGAGUGUGAACCAGCCAGUUGUACUGUUAAUGUUACAGAACGCAGCAAUGAAAAAGGUUUGACACAGAAUAGAAGCAAAGGUAAAAAAAAGACUAUACUGACAGCCUUGCGGUGGAAGUGGCGUAAAAGCACGAGAAAGAAACGACGGGAGAAUCGGCAUAGUUUGGUGUGUGAUUCUCGAAUAAGUCGCAGUCAAAUCCCACAUUCUGAAAAUUCUGAUGUUGGAGUGGGCUUGAUCCAAAAUUCUAGCUUCACUUCUCAAAAGCCUCGUUCAAAACAAACAAAAUCUUUGACUAGAGGUGCAGUGUGUCCAAUGCCAUCACCUAUUCACUGUGUUCGCCGUGAAUCUAGUAGUUUAUAUGAGAAUGAAGAAAAUAGUGAUCAAUCAGCAUCAGCGGUGAGUACAAAUGAAACUGUAACUGUAAGACAAGUGGGCAUAAGCUUAAUAGAGCCUAAAGAAGUUAGGCCUGUUACUGGAGUUACAGAUAGAGAUUUAUGUACAAACUGUUCUUGUAAUUCCAAACCUAUCCUAAAAUGCUGUGGUACAGAUACCUCAGUAUCAUGUAGUUGUGAUAAAAACAUUGAUGAUUUCUUUAAAAAUAUGGAAACAAAGCAGUCUACUAAUAUUUCGAGUAAUAGAAAUAGUACCACAAUUGAGCUUGAGAAGUGUGUUGACAAAUUCCCAGACAGUAAAGCUUAUUCUUCUCCCAGUACAUCUAGUCACCCAAUACAAGGGAACAAAGAGGAUCAUCUGAAUAACAUUUCUAGUAAUAGUAUAGAGAAAAAUAAAAUUGAGUUACAUGUUAAAGUGCAGAAAAGCAAAAAUGAAUUAAAUGUUUCAAAAUCAUCUGAAAUCCCUCCAGAUUCUUCAAGCCUAGCCUUGGAUGUGCCUUCAUCAUGCACUGAAUUCCAGUGUAAACAAGCAGUUUUUAAUGUUUAUGCUGAUGUACCUGAUAGCCCCAAGACUGUGAGCAUUACAGAAGAAUUGUUCAAAUUAUCCAAAUGUGGUUGGUACUGGGGUCCAAUCACUCGUAGUGAAGCUGAAGAGAAACUUUCUGAUCAACCAGAUGGGGCUUUCUUGGUGCGAGACAGUUCAGAUGAUCGUUACCUCCUUAGUCUAAGUUUUCGAUCUUAUGGACGAACUCUACAUACUCGUAUCGAGCACUGUAAUGGUUUAUUCAGCUUUUAUGCUCAACCAGAACCAGAAGGCCACUCAUCAAUUGUGGACUUAAUUGAGCAGUCCAUGAACUAUUCUCAGUCUGGAGUGUUUUGUUAUUCUCGCAGUCGGUACCGUGGGUCGCCAUCUUUUCCUGUUCGUUUAACAAAAGCUAUGUCUAGGUUCACUCAAGUACGUACUUUGCAGUACUUAUGUAGAUUUGUGAUACGGCAAUAUACUCGAUUUGACCACAUUCAGCACCUUCCUCUACCUGCUCGCAUCAAAGGUUACUUAGAGGAAGGCCAUUAUUGAACUAAGAGUAAAUUUUUUUAAAUUAUAGAAUUUAUCAAGCUUACCAAAUUAUUUUUUCAAACACAGUGACCAAUAACAAAAUAUAACAAUGAAGAGUGAUUCUUAACCAAAGCUCAAGUAGCUCAAUUAAAAUAAAUGUCUGUGUUAUUUUGUAUGAAAGAAAAUAUUACAGGUAGGUAUAUUUGAUAACUUGUAUUUUAUUUUAUGUUAAACCGAUUAUUGAUUUAUUAAAGCAACUUAAUAUAAUACUAAAGCCCCAGUGAAUUCAGUGUAUACUGGUAGGACUUUUGAGUAGAAGUUCCAUAACUUUAAUGGAUGAGUAAAGUCUAAAACUUAAUUUCUGGAACAUUUAAAAACUAAUAUGUAUUUAUUUAAAGUAUAUGUUUAAGAAUAACUUUAGAAGUUUUUUCCCGCUGCAACUACAUAUGGACAACAAGAUACCAUUUGGUCCUUCAAAGCUAUCUAUCUUAGCACACCUACUUUUGAAAGAAAUAUAAGCAUGCCUUCAUUAUUUUUUUAGAACAUCAUCAGUUCCCUUCUUAAACUUGUAUAAAAUGCUAACCUUCAGUAUUGACAAUGGCAACUCAUUACAUAAACCAGUUACUGUGUUAUAAAAAUAAAGCUGUCUUAACUGGACCGUAGCUUAUGUUUCCCAAAUCUUAAACUUGUAUCCUCUUAUGUCUGGAACUGUUUGAAAAGAACUAAUUUUUACUUUAGUUGUGUGUAUAUGAAAUUUUAACUUGAAGUUGGUAUUCUGUGUAUUUGCAGUAUAUAGAAAAUGUAAAUUAAUAAAAGUAUUAUAUUUAAAUCCUGAAAACAAUGUGUAAUGAAUAUUUAAGAAUAUCUCAAACUUCCUGUGAACUAUGUCACAAUGCUUCUUCUGUUUAAAGUGUUCAUUAUGUAAAAAUGUACUAAAAAUGUUUGUAGCAUUAUAAUUUUGAUUAUUACAGACUUCCUGUGAUACUUGUUUAACUUUAGUAUGUGGAAUACAGACUUGAAGUAAUUUUUUUUUGCAGAUAGCUACACUCUUAUAUACAUGUAGUAUAUAUACUUAGCAGUAUUUGUUACUGUCUGUGUAAUUUUUGUAGUAUGAAGACUGGCUUAGUCUUUGCAAUUUAGUGACAAAAUUAUUAUUUUUUGUACUCUCUCUCUGUAACAAAUAUUUUUUUUUCAUCCUGACUAUCAAGAUCUGUUGGUUGGUAGUACAUUGUUGUUGGUUUUUAAGUCUUAAAAACUUGGAAACUUAAAAUGAAAAAAUAUACUAUUCAUACUUCUGUAUGUUUAUUUAAUGCAUUUUUUGAAAUAACUUAAGCAUUUGUACAAUUACUGGGCUAGUUUGAUGCAUCUGAUCUGAUUUUGGCUUUUUAUGAAGAUGAAUUGAUUUAUUAAGUUUAACUGCAUUUAUGAAAAGAAAUUGGAAGUUUUUUAAGUAGACAGAUAAAACCUAAUGUUUUUCCUAGUGUUGGCUUCCAGGCCAAAUAUGGAAAGAAAAAAAAAGGUUAAAAAACUUUAAGUUCAUAAAGUGUUUUCCCUGAUAAAUAAAGAUUUUUUUCUUACAUUAUUUGUUCCAGUGCAAUCUAUUUCAGUAGUUUCGUACUUGUUGCUUUAGUUAUCGGGUGAAGUUUUUGUAUGUCUUGAUGGACAUGUACAGGAUAGAGGACAUGCUUUGAAUGCCUUAAAAAAAGCUUGUUUUUAAACAAGCACUUUCACUUCUUUUAAUAUAACACAUAUUGUUAAGUGAUGUGUAUGGAAUAUGUGAAAGAAUAAUCACAGGUUUUAGAUGUGAGUGAAUAUUUAAUGAAAAGGUUACUGUGUACAGGUAACUUUAAUUUUGUAACCUGAAUAAUGUCUUAAGUUCUUGAGUCUAAAGAUUUAUGUAAAAUCUAAGCUAUCUCAAAUAAACAAAUAUUUAAAGAAACAACAUCAAUGUAUAAGUUAACAUUUUAACAAAAGAUUGGGAAGUCUGAUUUUGUUCAUUAUUGAAGUUAGGAAGUCAUUACAUAUCUGACUACAAAAUCAGUAGAAAAACUGUAGAGAUGAUUUUAUAUGCAAAAAUAAUUUUAAUUAGGCUAGAAGAUUGUUUGUUUAGGAAAAUUUGUUAUUUUUAGAGGUUAAUCUUUUUGUCAUACAUGUAUGGGGGUUAUUAAACUAUACUUCUUGAGAAAGUGCUUAAAAUGGUGAAUUUAGUUUGACUCUUUGUGUUUCAAAAUAUAUGCAUCUAAAAUACAAUUGUUUUUCAUAGUUGAUUUCCAGAAAUAAAACUUCCAAGAACAAGACAAUGUGAGGAUAUGUUUAGGUUAUUGCAUCUACCUAUGAUUGAUGUAAUUAGAUUAUCAUGAGAAUAUUGCAUGUUUCUGUGUGCUACAUGUACUUAUUAGAGUAUUUCAGUUGAAAUUUGUACCAAUUUACCAACUGUCCCCGAGUAUCUCAUGAAAAAAAAAUCUAACAUGAAAAGUUUAUAAAACUAAUAUUUGUUUUUCUUAGAUGUAACUUGUGUAUCACUUUUCAUUCCAGUCUAGUUACUACACG